GAUCUAGAUCGUUCUCAGGCACUGUUCUCGUGCAACCCUGACACUGCUUCAUCUCGAACCGUUAUCGGUCCAUCUUGAGACAUUCGGUCUCGCUUCGAUCCGCGGUGCUUGUUGAGACUCCGCUCAUUCCGAUCGAAAGACAGUAAUGGUUGCUGUUGCGCUUGCUGUUGCUGUCUUGUCUUGUUAUUGUCUCAAUUGCCCUGACUGGUGAUGUCAACCGAUUGAGAAGAUCUGCACUUCCCCAAUGCCAGCAGUCAACAGGUCUGAGUUCACAUCGUCUUUUCUUCUCAUGUCCCGGGGCAUUGUGCUUUUGUCCCAUUCGCCUUUUAUACUUGCCCUCGCUUGAUCCCGGCCUAGAUCAAGGCACGAGCCCCCGAUCUACCAUGGCGAUGGCUGUCGACGUCGGCUCUCCUUGCCGUGGAUCUCCGCACCACCCCGAUGCUAUACACUAUAUAUCGACAUCACCAGCCUCUGACCCAUUGCAGUUACUCGCCUCCAACCCUACUAUAUACCCAGCAGGGUACGCGGGAAAUCUGUCGCUACACAAUUACCGCAAACUACUGUCGGACAGCGAUCCUUUCAUCGAUGGCCAGGACGGAAAACUGCUCAGACGGAAAAACGCUGCUCUGCAUUUGAACCAGACCCAGCUCGAGUCUGUUCCACUAAGCACUCCCUUCUCCAUGUCGUCGCCAGCGUCAAGUCCGCCGCCGUUAUCGCCGUCCUACUCCCCGAGCGCCCGGAGCGACCAAGACCCGGAUAUCAUGCACGGUUUUGGCCCGUCGCCAAAUGUUACUAUGCCUGCGCCAUUGAGCGCGCCCUUGAGCGCGACCUUUCCCCGAGAGAAUCCGCACAGGCUUCUGGAUACAUUCCGGGACAGACUCGAGAGCUACCCCGAGCCAGGCACAGAUCCGGAAUGUUUCACCCGCAGGCACACUAGGACCCGCUCCGACUCCAUCCUAUGGAGCAUGAAAAAAACCACAGCGACCAUUGUUGACCACGGCACGUCAUUCGAGAUCAUUAAUCCGCACGAGUCGCUGAACUUUGCCCGGAUUGUGUCCUUCAUCGAAGAUGUCGAUGCCUAUUCUCUUCGGGCAUCCAGCGGCCAUCAUCGCGAGUCGUACAUCGAGGUGAUCAAUGAAACGGACGUCGACCCCAGUCCUGAAAGCCCACCUGGGGAUGAACACGCAGUCCCAUGCUCGGAGGAGGAUUCCCGGCAAGUUCACCACGAAUUAGUCGGGGACUCGCCGCACCUUCCCAUGCCGUCGAUAUCGGAGCGUCUGGAACGUGAGGACGGCGAUGACAUGGCCUCGAAUUACUCGCGCUCGCCCGGUUGCACGCGUAAGCGACCGGCGCCGCUCAGACCGCGGGCCUGGACUGACGAGAGUGACCUUGGGGAGCCGGGCUCCCCGAUCCGGGACGAUGGCGCUUUCCGGUCUCACGUACAAGUCCCGCUGCCCAACCCUUCCCCUUACUCCCUAAGCGACAGCCAUCCGACCUCCGUACCCGGUCCAGCGGCCUACUACGAUCUGAAUCUUUGGUACGGACCCCAUGGGGUCGACCAGAGCCAGGGUUAUCCUCACCCGCUCUACUCCAAUCCAACCUCUCCACAUCACCUCUGCCCAUCUCCAUUCAUUUCCCAUAUGGCCCUGCCUCAGCAGCAGCAGGAGAUCCGCAUCCAAAGCGGGAUAACCAAAAUCACCGACCGCCGUAAGAAGACCGUCAAACCGGGGAGCAGUGGGCCUCUGAAGCCCUUGAAGCGACUAUAUAACCUGCUCCAGCGAAAGCGGCAGUGA